UCCGUAUAAAAUAUCGAGACCAACCGCGACGCAGGUCGCCGAUCAAAGGGCGGCGAGUCGUGAUUAAGGGCGAAACGCAUGAAAGAAAGAGCGAUCGAAGGGGAAGGUUGGUGGAGAGGAUGAAACAAGAGGCUCGCUUACACAUGCAGGUCAGCAGGGGGUAGACCAGCGCAGGACAGGGCUUGGAACGCAGGAGCGCCUAGAGCCAGGGUGCGCAGGGGGAUGCCAAAGAGAGAGACAGAGAGAGAGAGAGACGACGCCGCGCGUCGGACGGAGGCGAACCGACGACGCCGCCGUGGAUGAAGGAGAGAAGGAGGGAGGAAGACGGCCGUAGCCUGGCGCCUGCGUGUUCAUUCUCGAGGGCUCGCUCUCAUCUGAAAUCCAGGAUACCCAGUCGCGAGCGCGCCGCCGACACAGAGCAUUCGGAGGACGGAGGAUAACGGUCGCUGACCUGGCUACCACCCGGCGAGAGGCGCAGUCCACCCUCUCUCGCGCUCGCUCCAAUCGCUGGCACCCUUGCUCGCUCCUACCAACGGAGCCACAAGUUUGAAUCCACGAGGAGAACCGGCCGGCCGGUCUGUUUGCCAGGAAGUUCGUUCGUCUCGUCGCGGUGUUCGACUGUCCUCGCUAGGCGCACCUGAGGGCUUCCAGCAGCCUCUCAACCUCAGGUGACCGUGCUUGGAAAGACUUCCUGCCAGGAAGACCAAGGUGCUCGGUCAGGGAGGCUCGUGUCCCGGGCGCCGGGAAGCCAGAGUUCAGGAGUAACCUGCGGGAGUAUUGGGAAGUUUAGGAAGAUCUCUAACCUUUCGCCUCAGGUGAUUUGGAAAGACAUUGGUGGAGAGACUUUGCUCGGGAAGACAAGAUAGAGUAGAGCGAUUGGUUUUGGGGGUUAGGACGCGCCCCAAGAAUUAGUCUUACGGGGAAGGUCCGAUUUGGAAGUUUCACUCGCGGAUCGAAGAAGUUUUUUCUCCCGUCGAAAAGGUUAUAGAAACACAGUGUUCCACGAAGGUAACUUUUUGGGAGACCGGAAGUGAUCGGCAAGGUUUGGUAUCGUGCAUUAACAAGGGUUAGUAACCCCGUGUUCUGAGGCGAGGAGCAACACCACGGAAGGUCAGUUCGCUCGUAAAGAGGAACGACUGGUCUCAUUGUGCCGAGCGGUCUCCAGGCGGCGGAUUGGACGCUGAUCGGGGAUUACGGAUAAGCGUCGAAGGGGACGAGAAAUCAGAAGCGUUGGGAGUGCCGAAGUAGUUCGUAUGCUUCGGUCAGCAUCGAGGAUUCGAGUAAAUCAGGAUCUUUGACAACGUAACCGGGACCUGGGGGACUCAAACUACCUGAAACGUACGUAAUACACGAACUGCUGGGUGUCGGAGCUGAAACCAAUCCUGAUCGGUGCACGUGUCCACGAUACGAAUACGCUCGAACAGCAUAGAUGCACAGGAAUUUCCAUACUAAUGAUUAAAUCGUCGCCAUCGAGCACAACCAGCAGACAGAAGGGACGAUAGUGCGGCAGAACAUGACCCUCGCCGAAACGACCUGUUGUUGACGUUAUGGGGUGGAUCUUCCUUGCUAGUAUUUUACUCCUCUCCUUAUGCGCGGCGGGAUUGCCGUUGCCACAGGGCGGUGGCGGGGCGGGGGGCCAUGGACAGCCGCAGGCUGGCUCGCCGAGCACCCCAGGCCCCGGCGGUGGCAUAGCUGGCAGUGGUGUAAGCAGCACCCUCGGCGCUGCUGGCGGCGGUGCCUCUGGCUCUGGCAUCGGCGCCGCCGGUACAGUUGGUGUCGGUCUCGGUGUUACUGGAGGAACUACCGGCGGUGGAGCCGGUGGCGGUGCCGCCGGUGGUGGCACAGGUCGGUCCGCUGGACCGGCUCGUCGGGGCCGAGGGUGGCGCGACUGGCGCCGCGGCGACCCCACCCUUAUCAAAGGACUUUGGAAGUCGAAGGGACCUCUAGAUUCUUUAGGAAACGCGGAGGUGUAUAUCUUCCUAGCGCUGCUGAUCGGUUUCAUCACCGUGGUGGUGGGCUGCUGGCUGUCGGACAACUGCUGGUCACCUGAGCCCGAAGGGGUGGUCACACUCGCAUAGCCUAGUGCAGACUUCCGUUCGUCCAGGCGAUAACAACUACCGCGCCGGCCCUCCUACAGGAGCUUUCAGGACAUCGGCCAGUCGGAACGGCAGAACGUCGUUGGGAAUCAGCGGCCGUUGCUCGAUAUUAACGACAACCACACGCUACUACCGAUAUGACGCGAGAAUCUUGUCGCGUGAACCCCACUUACGCGAUGGACUCCACCUGUUACGUAUUACCAACGUUCGCACGGUACCGUACAACAUCGCCGGAGCUGAAAGCCCAAACGUUCAUCGAAAUAUCGACAUAUCCGACGCUGGAGCACGAUUCGCGAUGCUCGCGACGCACUGCGACUCG